UAAAUAUGGCUUCAGGGCGUAAAGACUACAACUUUUUCCUUAAGAUGAUCUUGAUUGGAGAUUCUGCAGUUGGCAAAAGCUGAUUACUUAUCAGAUUCGCAGACGAUGACUUCGCAGAUAAUUACGUUACUACUAUAGGUGUUGACUUCAGGUUUAGAACAUUGAAAUUAGAUGAUCAUUCUGUGAAACUUCAGAUUUGGGAUACUGCUGGCCAGGAGCGGUACAGGACAAUCACAAAUGCUUAUUACAGAGGUGCUGAUGGAAUUAUUAUCGUAUUUGACCUGACUUGUAAAGAAUCAUUCAUGAACCUCUAUGAAUGGCUGGACGAAGUUAGGAAAAGUGCACCAGAGAAUAUACUUAUCAUCGUUUUUGGCAACAAAUGAGACCUUGAAGAUCAACGAGCAGUGAGCAAGGAAGACUGAGAAGAAUUUACGAAAAAAACAGGAAUUCCUAUUUUUGAAGCAAGUGCAAAGACUGCAGAAAAUGUAGAAAAAGGGUUCACUAGUCUUACUUCUAAGUUGAUCCAGAAGAAAAUCGAAGAAGAAGAUGAAGAGGAUGAAGAAUUCUUUGAUCCAGGCAGCUACAGCGCUCGUAUUGGAUCGAAGGAUCUCAGAUCAACUGGUAUGUCAGAAAAAUUAGAAGAAUAUGGAUGCUGUGCGGGCAAAUAA